UGCGUUUAUGACAAACAUCCGACAUAGGAAAAAGUUCUUGAGUACAGAAAGUGGGAUUUGUCAUGAACGUUUUAUCUAGUACUUUUUGAUUUUAUCCCGACAAGUGCAUUGUAUUAGAUUAGGAAUUUCCGUUAAAAAGUGUAUGUUUGACAACUGUAAGAAAAAGAGUUUUAGCUGUUAUUUCAUGCGCGCAAGGGCGUAGGAGUUGAGGAAACUGACUGCGCUUUAAUACAUUUGCAUUUUUACACGAUAGAAAAUGGUGGAAAUGUAGUCUGCUACCACGGAAAAGUUAAAAAGAAAAUUUGAGAUCUGUGGUGCGGAUUUUAGGAUUUCUCCGCUGUUGAAUGUUUGUGGAGAACUAGGAUAUUUAUUUUAGAAAUGAACGAACGGACAUUUUUAUUUGGUCUCUUAGUUUUCACGCUGAUUGUAGACAUCUCUUUUGGAGCUGUGUGUAAAGGAUGUCACCAGACAACAUGUACGUGUGCUGGACAAAAGGGAGUCAGGGGUGUUGGCGGUUUGUCAGGCUUGAGGGGACCUAGAGGAUUGCCUGGAUUUUUGGGCCCUAUGGGUAGAGAUGGACAAGUCGGAUAUUUUGGUGAUAGAGGAGAAUUUGGAGGCCAGGGAAAUCAAGGAAUUAGGGGUGGAGCUGGUUCCCCAGGUUUUCCAGGUGUACCUGGUACCCCAGGUAUUGAAGGAAUAGAGGGUAUAGUUGGUCCACCUGGCUUUUCUGGCUGUAAUGGAACUAAGGGUAUAAGAGGAGGAGAUGGUAUCAAUGGAUUGCCUGGUCUACAAGGUUCAAGAGGACCAUCAGGUCUUAGGGGUCCAAAGGGUGAAGAGGGAGAUCUAGGAUUUCCUGGAUUAGGAUUCAAAGGAGAGACUGGAGAACCAGGCCAGACAGGAUUACAGGGACUGGAAGGGAGACCUGGUUAUGAUGGUGAACCUGGAAUACAAGGAGAUAAUGGUUUACCGGGUAUAGAUGGUAUGGAAGGUCAAUCAGGUGCAAAAGGAGAUAUGGGAAGUCCAGCUGUAAUAAGACUUCAGGGAGACAGGGGACAAAAAGGUGGUAGAGGACCUCCAGGUCCCCCAGGUAAUAGUAAUGAUCAGACAGGGGGAGAGGGAACUGCAGUACCUGGUCUAACAGGAGACAAUGGAGAGACCGGAGAGAAAGGAGCAACAGGACUGGGAGGUCUCCCUGGCAGUCGUGGAGAGGAUGGAAGGAAAGGAAUAGAUGGAAAUAAAGGGCCAGCAGGAGAACAAGGUCCAGAAGGUCGAAGGGGUAAGAGAGGAAAAGAUGGACCAACUGGGUCUUAUGGUCCAAAAGGAAUGGUUGGUGACAAAGGAAGGGAGGGUGUUGAUGGAUUUAAAGGAGUUAAGGGGAUAACAGGAGAUUCUGGAAGACAGGGAAUCAGAGGAGAUGAAGGACCAGUAGGAUAUCCAGGAGAUAUUAGAAAUGAUCUAGAUGGUCAGCCAGGUGCACAAGGACGUCCUGGAGAUGUAGGUUUUACAGGAGAGAAAGGUUUCUCUGGACGAGAUGGUGAAAUAGGAAUUUCUGGUCCACCUGGUGGGCCAGGUCUGCCUGGACUUGAUGGAUUACCUGGACUUCGUGGUGCAACAGGAUUUUCUAUUCCAGGAGAACCUGGAGAGAGAGGAGGCUUUGGUGGUAACGGAAAUCCAGGUCUUCCUGGAACUCUUGGACAGAAGGGUCAAACUGGAGUCCCUGGUAGUCCAGGACGUGAUGUAGUAGGUGAGCCAGGGUUCAGAGGUCGACCUGGUCGUGAUGGUGUCAAUGGUAUUUCUGGACGUCCAGGAGAUGAUGGAUUUCCUGGUUUGCCUGGUAUUCCUGGAAUUGGUCUUGAUAUCACUGGUCCACAAGGGUCACCUGGAUUGUUUGGUGAGCGAGGUGAUGGUGGAGAUUACGGUCGGGAUGGUCUCCCUGGAAUACCUGGGUUAAAAGGAGGUAGCGGAGAGGAUUGUGGAAUAUGUCCAGGUGGAGCACAAGGAUUCAAAGGAGAAUCUGGAUUACCUGGUCUUCCUGGACUUGAAGGACUUGAUGGUUUACCAGGAUUACCUGGACAGAAGGGUCAGUCAGGAGUACCUGGUAAUACAGGAAAUUCUGGUGCUGAUGGAAACCAGGGCCGACCAGGACGUCCUGGUGAAGAAGGGUCAACAGGACUUAAGGGUUUCCCUGGUGAUGUCAUAAAUCCUAACCCAAACAAAAUAUACAGAGGGGAGGCAGGAGAGCCAGGAAGAUUUGGAUUACCUGGAAUGGCAGGAAGUCCAGGUGAAGCAGGUGAAAGAGGAAAUAUUGGCCUGUCAGGACUACCUGGAUUAAAGGGAGAUGCUGGUAGUGAUGGAUUUGAUGGAUUAGACGGUUUGCCAGGUCUUCCAGGUGAACCUGGAUUCAAGGGAGAAUUAGGAGAUUCAAACCCAGGAACUAAUGGAUUCCAAGGACUUAAGGGAUUAGCUGGAUUCGAUGGCUCACCCGGUGCAAAUGGACGUAAAGGUGUUAAAGGAGAGCCAUCACAGCCUUGGGUUAACCCUAAUACAAACAUAAAGGGAGAACCAGGAGAACAAGGAGAACCCGCAGCGGACGGUAGUGAUGGAUUCCCUGGUCAAAAAGGACAAUCAGGAGAGCCAGGCGAGAUGGGAAGACCCGCUUCUAAUGGACUACCUGGUUUAAAGGGAGGACCUGGAUUUGAUGGGUUACCAGGAACAGGUGGCCAAAAUGGACCCAAAGGAUAUCCUGGAAUCCCUGGUGAUGCUGGCUUACCAGGUAUUCCAGGAAACUCUGGUCCACCUGGAGAAGAUGGAUUACCUGGUUUCAAAGGACCACCUGGAGACAGUGGAUUACCUGGAAGGGUACCAGAUAAUUUUGUGCCAGGACCACCUGGUGACAAUGGACGACCUGGCCGCAAUGGAGACAGAGGUAUAGAUGGGGAACCAGGCAGACCUGGAUUCCCUGGUAAUGAUGGAAAUAAAGGAGGAUCAGGUGAAAGAGGUCGUGAUGGACUGUCCGGUAUGCCAGGAUUUAAAGGAGAACAGGGAGAAUAUGGAUUGAAUGGACUUCCAGGACCUGAUGGUGAACGUGGAUUUAAUGGACCAAAAGGAGAAAGAGGAUUUAAUGGUAUACCUGGUGACCCUGGGUUACCCGGAUUCCCUGGUCAGUCAGGUAGGAAAGGUCAGCCCGGAUUUAUUGGUCAAGAUGGAACAAAUGGUGAGGAUGGUAGAACAGGACCAAGAGGAACACCAGGCCUACAAGGCCUUAAUGGACUCAAAGGUUUAGAAGGAGACAGAGGUGCAGGGGGUCCAAAUGGUAACCCUGGAAGGAAUGGAGUGGAUGGAGAACCAGGCAUAUUAGGUGAACCUGGGCUAAAUGGUAGAGAUGGAUUACCAGGAUCCAGAGGUAUAAAUGGAGAGAAAGGGGGACCAGGAGAAACUGGAUUCCCUGGUGCUGCUGGUGCCGAUGGACGACCCGGCCAGUCAGGUCUUAAAGGUUUAUCUGGAGAAAAUGGAUUCCCAGGUCAAAAAGGAUUUGCUGGUCCCGAUGGUCUCCCAGGUGUCUCAGGUGGUAAGGGUGAAAGGGGAUUCAAUGGACCAUCUAUUAAAGGAGAACAGGGUCCCCCUGGUCGUUCUGGACUGGAUGGUUUACCUGGAUUGCCUGGUCUGGCAGGUGGCAAAGGAGAACGAGGUGGCAUGGGACAACCAGGUCUUGAUGGUUUACCUGGUGACCAAGGAAUAUCUGGACCAGUAGGAGAAAUAGGCCAGUAUGGCUUUGAUGGUGCAAAAGGUCCGCCAGGAUCAGAUGGUCGACCAGGUUUCCCUGGACCAAAGGGACUGAGGGGAGAAUUUGGUUUAGAUGGAUUUGCUGGAUUAGACGGUCAGAGAGGAGAAGCAGGUCUUAACGGUAUAACUGGAGAGCCAGGACGUGAGGGUUUCCCAGGAUUACCAGGACCUGAUGGAAGAUCUGGGUUCCCAGGAUUACCAGGUACAAAAGGAGGAUUAGGAGAAAGAGGAAGGAGUGGUAAUCCAGGAACCCAAGGACCUCUUGGAGAUGCAGGAUUACCUGGUUUCCCUGGAUUGAGGGGUAGCAAUGGAGAUAAUGGUCUAGGUGGAUUACCUGGUAUCACAGGAGAACCAGGAAGGCAGGGUGAUGAUGGGUUACCAGGGUUACCAGGAGCCCCAGGAGAUGAUGCACCAUUUGAUUUCCGAGGAGCACCAGGUGAUCUAGGUUUACCGGGAUCUGAUGGAAGACCAGGUACCAAAGGUCCUCGUGGAGAAGAUGGAGGUGCAGGAUUAGAUGGUCUUCCUGGAAUGAAGGGAAAUCCAGGUCUCCAAGGAUUUGGAAUCAAAGGACAGCCUGGAGAUAAUGGAUUCCCAGGAACUCCUGGAAAUAGUGGACCUAAAGGUUAUCCAGGAAGACCUGGAUUAAGUGGAUUAGACGGACAGAAAGGUGAGCGUGGUUUCGAUGGAAUUAAUGGAGAGCCAGGUCGUGAGGGAACACCAGGAUUUUCAGGAUUACCAGGUGAAGAUGGUGUAGCUGCUCUUCCUGGAAAUAAAGGAGAACAAGGAGAUUUUGGAUUUGCUGGUAGGCCAGGGUUACCAGGAGAACCUGGAGCACAAGGUCGUAAUGGUUUCCGUGGGCCAAGAGGUCUAGAGGGUUCAAAAGGAACUAAGGGACCGAGUGGACAGACUGGUCCAGCUCCAAUUGUAAACCCUGGGGAUGGACCAAGAGGACAGAAAGGAGAAUCUGGAUUCCCUGGUCAAGGAGGAAAUGAUGGCCGUAGGGGACUUCCUGGUGAUGAAGGUCCCAGAGGUAAUGGUGGGUUCCCUGGUCAGACGGGAGAGCCAGGUAUUCCUGGGCCAAAAGGUGAAAUAGGUAAUCCUGGUCCUGAUGGCUUUUCUGGACAGUCUGGACGAGGAGGAACUGACGGAAUACCUGGUCGUCCAGGGGCGGAUGGACCAAAUGGUAGACAGGGUGUCUCACCAGGAAUAUACUUUGCCAGGCACAGUCAGACAACAUUGGUUCCAGAAUGUCCUCGUGGUACCAGCAAAAUGUGGGAAGGCUUCUCUCUCAGUUUUAUAAUGGGUAAUGGAAGAGCUGUAGGUCAAGAUUUAGGUACUUCAGGAAGUUGUCUGAGAAGAUUCAGUACCAUGCCAUUUAUGUUCUGUAACAUCAAUAACGUUUGUAAUGUGGCCAAUAGAAACGACUACAGUUACUGGUUGUCUACCUUGGAACCCAUGACACCAAUGAUGAAUCCUAUCUCAGGACGGCCAUUACAGAAUUACAUCAGCAGAUGUUCUGUCUGUGAAGCUGUUGGAGAGGUUAUGGCAGUCCAUAGUCAAACCUUAAGACUACCAGAAUGUCCUGUAGGAUUUAGCAGCAUGUGGAUUGGAUACAGUUUCUUGAUGAACACUGGAGCUGGUGGUCGUGGAUCUGGUCAGAAUAUGCAGUCCCCUGGAUCUUGUCUAGAAGAUUUCAGAGCAGCUCCAUUUAUAGAGUGCCACAGUAGAGGCACAUGUAAUUAUUAUGCCACUUCUCUCAGUUACUGGAUAGCCACAAUAGAACAAUAUAAUCAAUUCCGAAGACCGAUAGGUGAAACUCUAAAAGCAGGAAACUUAAGAACAAGAGUCGGUCGUUGUCAAGUUUGUAUGAGAAGCUAAUUGGGUUGUUUUGACUUUAAUCUAAACUUGACAUGUUGUCUAAAAACUAAAUCGAUUGAUCAUACAUGUGAAUAAAUAAAAAUGUUAAUUUGUUUAUGUAAUUAUUCUAUGCUUCUGUGAGAUGUAUGAAUGUGUGAGAAAAUUGUGAUUACUUUGCUCGCUCAAACAGUGUUGACAUGUCCACUUUUAUUAGUUUAUAUGUGAUUAGUAUUACUACUUGUAGAAUAAAACUCAAUGAUGGUAGGCAAGAUUUUUUUUUAACAAAAAGUAAAUUAACCUAUAAAAAAAAUUUAGAUGGGAAGAAAAAGUUUGAAGCAAUUGAAAAACUGAAAAAGGGUAAAAAAAAAUAAUACAGAUGUAUCAAGAUAAAUUCAGUACUGAAUCCAAAGCUCUAGUUAUAUGAGGGAAUGUUAUUUUAUGUCUGUAAAACGGGGAAAUAUCAACACAUGACUUUAUUUUUUUAGCAUACUGUUUUGAUUAAUUAUUGAUUUGAAUUUGAGAUGGCUUAUAAAAAAGGGCUAAACGACCUUGCUUGAAUAACAUUGCAUGUUACAAAGUAAAGAACUGUUUAAAGUGGAGACAAAAUAUUACAUCAGAAUCACUUGCUUGUGGAAUGCAAUCUUAGCCCUCUUCAGACCCAUUCAGUACUGAAUUUAAUUCCUAUAUCAGUUAACUGUAGUUUAAUUCUCUUUGCAAGUUUAAUAAAGAUUAAAAGUUUAGGGAGGGAUGUUGUAAGAUUUAAAAGUUUUUUCUUUCAUCAUUGCAUUAAGCUCAAACUGUAUUAUAGUGUUUUUUACUGGUUUCAUAAGGUGCUAUGGUUGUAUGUAUUAUUUUUGAAUUUUCAUUGUAUACUUAAUGUUUAGUAUUUGCUAAUGUAUGGGGGGUUAUAUGAUUUUUAUCAUCAACUUGCAUUGAUGAAAAUGGAGAGAAUACUCAAAUUGUAGGACUUGAUAUGAACAAAAUGCAUUUUAAAACUGUAUAAUAUUGUUUCUGAAUUUAAUACUGUACUCAAAACUUUUCUUUUAAUAGUUUUAUGAAGAAGGGACAGGUACCACAAUGUCUUUCACAAACUUUUGUUUACUUUAUAUUGUACACGAUUAUCUAUAUUUUUUGAUAGUAUCAUUCUAUUAUGACUUUGUACAAUAAUUUGUAAUAAGAAUUUUAAAAUAAUCAUCUCACUUCGAAAUUUUGGUUUCCUUUUAUUCAAAAUUUUAAUAUUCGUCUGCUGAAUGUAUUGUCAAA